AUGGCUGAUACGAAGGAAAAAAGUGAUACAAAUUCUCCAGAACAUUGCGAGGAGGCAAAUAGUGACGAACAAACAAAACCCGGGGAGAUAAAACAUUUGGAGAAUACGAAGAAGAGACUCAGGGAUGCGAGUCCCGAGGAUGGGUCAGAGAGGUCCUUCAGGAAUCGCAGGAACAGUGAAUCAAGUGACAGCACAAUCUCCAGCAGUGAGAAGAGAAAAACUGAGUACGAGACUGAUCCUGCGGUGUUGUCUAGGAGGCAGAAGGACAUUGAUUAUGGGAAGAACACGAUUGGAUAUGACAGAUACAUACAAAUGGUUCCCAAGGAUCAGAGGACUGAAGGUCAGCCAAAGACCCCUCCGAAGCACGUGAAGUACAGCAGGAGAGGCUGGGAUGGCAUGGUGAAGCUCUGGAGGAAGCAGCUGCACAUUUGGGACCCCCCUGAGAUUAAGCAGGAGCCUGCACCGGAAAAUGCAGAGAAUCCUGAAGUAGCUGUCUCCGAAGAUUAAUUCCUUCACUUUUCAAUCUGAGAAGAUUGAAAUACUCCUUCUGUACGUCAGGCAAUUCGUUUGAUAUUGGGUACUGGGAUUUUUGAGUGAUUUGCCAAAAAAACAGUGCAUAGUUAUAUUUUUCAACGCGUCAGGUAGCAUUUAUACCUUGUAUUUUGCAUUAUUCUCUAUAAUUACAAAAGUUCGUUUAUAAAUUACAA